UCUUUCCAUUUUGGCCCUUUCUCUCUUCAUCCUCUUCUUCCAUAUAUUCUUUGCCCCCCUUAGAUUUUAGAUGCUCCUCUAUCUUCUAUCCAAACAAUAUCUGAAAUCUCGAGAUUAACUGGCUUUAAUUUCUUCUGCAAACAUGAUUCGAAGAGCUGCAUUUUUUCGCAGAUUAAUUGACUCUGCUUCUCUACCAUCAAAGAUUGGAGCAAGGUACUAUACAGCUCAAGUUGCAACUUCUUUACAAUCUACUGGUCAAAGUGAUGAGGAGUCCAUUGACAUUGAUUGGGAGAAUCUUGGGUUCCAUUUAAUGCCAACUGAUUAUAUGUACCUAACAAAAAGCAAUGAAAAUGGUCAUUUCGAACAAGGCCAGCUUAAUCCCUAUGGAAACAUCCACUUGAGCCCCUCUGCUGCUGUCUUAAACUAUGGUCAGGGUCUGUUUGAAGGUACAAAAGCCUAUAGAAGAGAUGAUGGACGAUUGUUUCUGUUUCGUCCACAUCAAAAUGCGAUUAGAAUGCAGAUUGGUGCUGAAAGAAUGUGCAUGCCUUGUCCUUCCACUAAUCAAUUUGUAGAUGCUGUCAAGCAAACAGCUCUGGCGAACAAGCGUUUUAUUCCUCCUCCAGGUAAAGGGUCUCUUUAUAUAAGGCCUCUGCUUAUAGGAAGUGGACCAAUUCUUGGUUUGGCUCCAGCACCAGACUACACCUUCCUUGUCUAUGCUUCUCCUGUAGGAAAUUAUUUCAAGGAAGGGACAGCGCCAUUGAACUUGUACGUUGAGGAAGACCUUCAUCGCGCCUCGCGUGGUGGAUCUGGAGCUGUCAAAAGCAUUACUAACUAUGCCCCGGUUUUGAGAGCUAUAAAGAGUGCAAAAGAGAAAGGAUUCUCAGAUGUAUUGUACCUUGACUCUUUAAAUAAGAGAUACAUUGAAGAGGUCUCUUCUUGUAACAUUUUCCUUGUGAAGGGAAAAAUCCUUUCAACUCCAGCAGCAAGUGGAACUAUUCUUGAAGGAGUGACAAGAAAAAGCAUCAUGGUCAUUGCACGUGAUCUUGGUUACCAGGUGGAAGAACGUUUGAUUGAUGUAGAUGAAUUGACUAAUGCUGAUGAAGUAUUCUGUACGGGAACUGCAGUUGGUGUUGCUUCCGUUGGUAGCAUUACUUACAAAGGCAAAAGGAUUGAGUACAAAGAAAGAUCAGAGCAAACAAGUAAGCAACUGUACUCAAGAGUAAUCGAGAUUCAAAGAGGUGUUAUCGAGGACAAGAGGGACUGGAUUGUCGAGAUCGAAUAAGCCUAUUUGGCAUUAACCUUUUUGCUAGAAAAAAUACAACUUACCGCGUUAAAUAUGUAAUUGAUACAAUUAGAGUUUAAUUUCUAUACAUUAAUAAUGUGCAAUAAAUUUAAGCAACAACAAGUAAACGUUCA